AUGAAUUAUUCAAAUAUGCUAUGCCAGCGUAUUUGGAUUUUUACUGUAACCUACCUCGCAAUUGCUAGUAGGCACACUGCUCUUCAAAGCUGAGCUAUGUGCAAACCUUUAAUAGGAGAAUCGCUUGACAUGAACUCAACCUGACUGGGCGCUAUGGACUUUACCUUUUUAUUAUGUUAUGCUAUAGGAAACUUCGUAAGCGGGACCCUAGGAGACAACACUUCUUUAUCAGCCAUCACUUCAGUAGGAAUUGGCCUCGGAGGACUUGUCUAUUUGAUUAAUGCACUUUUAGGUGCAGUUUCUUUCAGCAAUCCAUUAGUUUUUGCAAUAUUAUUUGGUCUGCAAGGAACUUUUCAAUCUUCAGCUUGGCCAGCAACUGUAGCUAUAAUGGGAAAUUGGUUCCCGAAAUCAAGCACUGGAAAAAUUGUAGGACUUUGGAGUUCAAAUUCAUCUGCAGGACAUCUUAUAGGUGCUCAAAUGGCAGCAGCACUUAUAUAUUAUGGAGUACGAUGGGAAAUUACAGUCAGCAUAUCUGCUAUAUUUAUGAUAAUUGUUGGGCUAUUAUUCUGGUUUUUUGGAAAAGAUAAGCCAGAUAGCUCAGUAACCGAAAUGCUUUUAAUAAAAAAGCAAUCAGAAAGCAGGUUUUCGACUGAUAAAAAAGGGAUUAGCUUUUGGAAAGCAUGGCUUCUCCCAGGGGUCAUUAAUUAUUCCCUAUGCUAUGCCUGUGUGAAAACCUUAAAUUAUGCAAUUUUAAUGUGGCUUCCUUAUUAUUUAUUUGAUUCUUAUGAUAUGAAUAGUGAAUAUGUAGGGAUUAUGGCAAAUAUUUAUGACAUAGCCAGCUUGAUAGGUGCUUUUGGAUUUGGCUGGGUGACAGAUAAACUGGGAUCAAGAGGGCCAACACUCUUUUUAAUUAUGUUUCUUACGAUUCCGACCAUUUGGUGCUUUUACGCAGUUCCUUAUGAUGCUUGAUGGCUGUUUUUCAUAUUAUCCUUUAUAUUAGGAGCUUUUGCAGGAACUGCAGGACAUUUGAUAACAAGUGCAGUGGCUAUUGAUAUUGGGAAGCAUGAAGAUCUCGAUAAAAGUGAAGAAGCACUAUCAACUGUGGCGGGGAUUAUUGAUGGGACUGGAGGAUUAGGAGCAGCAGCUGGACAGAUACUUAUUGGGUACUUGGCCAGUAUUGAUUGGAUGUAUUCAUUCAUAUUUAUGGUCAUUACAUCAAUCCUUUCAGCAAUUCUGCUGAUGCCGAUUGCGUAUAAAGAUUUAGUGCAUAAAAAUCAAAGUGAUGGAAAUGAUAAAACGGAUAUUAAAUUGGAGUAA